CAGCGCUCAAGCCAUCUGUCCGCCCUAAGGCCAAAGCAACUUCAACUCCGACUACCGACCACCGCCGACAUGUCGGACGCGAGCAUCCAGUCCCAGCGCCUGCAGCGCGUGUACGAGACCGCCAAGAACUCGCUCAACAUCAGCACCCAAGUGGCGCUGGCCGGCGGCGUUGCCGCGCCGGCCACCAUGUACCACAUGGACAUCUCCUUCCGCAGCACGCGCAACAAGUGGAGCAUCGCCAAGCGCUACUCCGAGUUCUACGCCGUGCGUCAGCAGCUGCGCAAGUUCCUCAAGCAGUACAAGCAGCAGCUCGGCGGCGCGCCGGCCCCGGCGCCGCUGCUCGCGCUGGACAAGACCCUCGAGGCCGCCUUCCCGCGUCGCCACUUCCGCUGCGAUAACAACAUGAUCAUCGCCGAGCGCAGGGCGGCGCUCGAGACCUUCGUGCAGUCGCUGGUCAAGGUCAUCUCCAGCAUCCCCAUGGCGGCUGACGUCGCCGCCGCGACUACGACCGAGUCUGCUCCGACGGCUGAGGCCAAGCAGCUGGUUGCACUCUACGCUAUCCUGCGCGACUUCCUCGAGUACCCGGACAAGCAGAUCGAGAGCGAGACCAAGCUCAAGCUGGCCGUGCUGUCGCUCGAGGACGUGGUCGUGGACUCACAUAGCAACCUGCUCGUGAGCGUCGAGGGCGUUAGCACCAGCGAGUGCUGCAGUAUCUGCCUCGGCGAGUGGGACGACGAGGAGUGCGCCGGCAUGAACGUGGUCAAGCUGCCUUGCACGCACGCCUUCCACGAGGAGUGUCUGCUCGAGUGGCUGCAGGGUAACAUUCACUGCCCCAUGUGCCGCGAGGAGCCCACGACCCGCGCCAGUCUUGAUGACGGUGCGGCCCAUCACGUUGCCCACGAAAUCAACGCGGACGCCCUUACGGACCGACACACCUUGUGCUAAGCAGCGAGCCAAGUAUGGCUGCGUCCUCGUCAUUUAUUACCAUAGGAAAGUAAUAGAAUAUCUGCGCUUAUUUAUUGCCCGCAUUCGGCCUCGAUUGCUUGCCACAGUAAGGUAGCGAGCGUCGUGAUGCUCGCUGCAAGAAGCUCGCCAUGUUGCUCUGCAACUCGAAUGGGUAGAAGUUUG